AUGACAUGUAUAGAUUGGUGGAAUGGUGGUAGUAGUUUGGAGAUAAACAAGAUGAAACCCAACAAAGUAACCUUUUCCAAGGACAUGAAGAAUGAUGUCCCAACAACAUUGCUAAUCUUUCUGUGUCAGUGGGUUUUCAUUAUGUUGUUUCUCCCUUCCUGUGCCUCUGCUUCUUGUGAUCAAGUGGAUCGUGACGCUCUCUUAUCCUUAGAUUUCAAGGCCUCAUCACCAUUGAAUUGGUCUGCUUCCUCGGACUGUUGCCUUUGGGAAGGAAUACUCUGUGGUCCGGAUGAUCGAGUCCUCCAUCUAUGGUUGCCUGGGAGAGGCUUAAGCGGUUCAGUCUCCCCAGCUAUCACCAACCUCACAUAUCUCACCCACCUCAAUCUUUCCCAGAAUACCCUGUUGGGUGUACUUCCAGAUGGCUUGUUUUCCUUCCUCUUUCACCUCCAAGUUCUAGACUUGAGUUUCAAUCGUCUCAACGGCCACUUACCAAUUUCAUCUAAUGAAGCCAGCAAGCUUCAGAUUGUAGACUUGUCCAGCAAUUACUUCAAUGGAACAAUCCCAUCUGUGACUUCAGGCUCUCUAACCAUUUUCAAUGUCAGCAAAAACAGCUUUGCUGGCUCCAUUCCCAUCUCUGUUUUCUGCAAAAAUGGCAGCAAUCACAACAACCUCACCUUUGUGGACUUAUCCUUCAACAGAUUUACUGAUCCAAUUCCUACUGGACUCGCCUCUUGUUCCAAGCUCCAGGUCUUCCGCGCAGGCUUCAAUGCUCUCACUGGUCAUCUCCCUGAUGACAUUUUUGGCCUUGCUGAUCUCCAACAGCUUUCUCUGCCCGUCAAUCGCUUAUCAGGACCCAUUGGCAAUGGCAUUGUAGGUUUAACCAAUCUGAAGAUCCUGGAGCUCUACUCAAACCAAUUCGUGGGGGAUAUACCCAGCCAAAUUGGUAACCUUGUCAGGUUGGAGAAGCUGGUCCUCCACAGCAACAACCUCACAGGUGCCAUACCUCCAUCUCUUACCAACUGCACAAAUCUGUCCACCUUGAAUUUGCGGGUCAACAACUUAACAGGAGAGCUCUCCGCCUUCAAUUUCUCUACGUUCCAACUCCUCACCACACUUGACCUUGGCAACAAUAACUUCACUGGUAAGUUACCGCAAAGCCUCUACUCGUGCAAGUCACUGACAGCAAUUAGAUUGGCCAGCAAUAAUCUCCAAGGGCAGAUAUUACCUGAAAUAGUUGCACUAGAAUCCCUUGCUUUCCUCUCCAUCUCUAACAACAACUUAACCAAUGCCACCGGGGCCUUUAUGGUUCUAAUGGGUUGCAAGAAUCUCACCACUCUGGUCCUCACCAAGAGUUUUCUGUUGGAACCUUUGCCAAAUGAUGAAAGCCUAGCAGACCUAGAUGGAUUUCACAAACUCCAAGUUCUUGCUAUGGGUGGUUGCAAGUUUACAGGUCAAGUGCCCACCUGGAUAGCCAAGCUUAAAAGCCUUCAAGUCUUGGACCUGGCAUUUAACCUUAUAACAGGCUCUAUUCCAGGUUGGUUGGGUAGUCUACCCAAGCUAUUCUACAUGGACUUGUCCAAUAAUCUUCUUACGGGAGGAUUCCCUGAGGAGCUCUGCAGGAUGCCAUCUUUGACAUCAAAAGAGGCCGAUGAUAAAGUGGAAAGUGUUGUAUGGGUUUUCAUUAUGUUGUUUCUCCCUUCCUGUGCCUCUGCUUCUUGUGAUCAAGUGGAUCGUGACGCUCUCUUAUCCUUAGAUUUCAAGGCCUCAUCACCAUUGAAUUGGUCUGCUUCCUCGGACUGUUGCCUUUGGGAAGGAAUACUCUGUGGUCCGGAUGAUCGAGUCCUCCAUCUAUGGUUGCCUGGGAGAGGCUUAAGCGGUUCAGUCUCCCCAGCUAUCACCAACCUCACAUAUCUCACCCACCUCAAUCUUUCCCAGAAUACCCUGUUGGGUGUACUUCCAGAUGGCUUGUUUUCCUUCCUCUUUCACCUCCAAGUUCUAGACUUGAGUUUCAAUCGUCUCAACGGCCACUUACCAAUUUCAUCUAAUGAAGCCAGCAAGCUUCAGAUUGUAGACUUGUCCAGCAAUUACUUCAAUGGAACAAUCCCAUCUGUGACUUCAGGCUCUCUAACCAUUUUCAAUGUCAGCAAAAACAGCUUUGCUGGCUCCAUUCCCAUCUCUGUUUUCUGCAAAAAUGGCAGCAAUCACAACAACCUCACCUUUGUGGACUUAUCCUUCAACAGAUUUACUGAUCCAAUUCCUACUGGACUCGCCUCUUGUUCCAAGCUCCAGGUCUUCCGCGCAGGCUUCAAUGCUCUCACUGGUCAUCUCCCUGAUGACAUUUUUGGCCUUGCUGAUCUCCAACAGCUUUCUCUGCCCGUCAAUCGCUUAUCAGGACCCAUUGGCAAUGGCAUUGUAGGUUUAACCAAUCUGAAGAUCCUGGAGCUCUACUCAAACCAAUUCGUGGGGGAUAUACCCAGCCAAAUUGGUAACCUUGUCAGGUUGGAGAAGCUGGUCCUCCACAGCAACAACCUCACAGGUGCCAUACCUCCAUCUCUUACCAACUGCACAAAUCUGUCCACCUUGAAUUUGCGGGUCAACAACUUAACAGGAGAGCUCUCCGCCUUCAAUUUCUCUACGUUCCAACUCCUCACCACACUUGACCUUGGCAACAAUAACUUCACUGGUAAGUUACCGCAAAGCCUCUACUCGUGCAAGUCACUGACAGCAAUUAGAUUGGCCAGCAAUAAUCUCCAAGGGCAGAUAUUACCUGAAAUAGUUGCACUAGAAUCCCUUGCUUUCCUCUCCAUCUCUAACAACAACUUAACCAAUGCCACCGGGGCCUUUAUGGUUCUAAUGGGUUGCAAGAAUCUCACCACUCUGGUCCUCACCAAGAGUUUUCUGUUGGAACCUUUGCCAAAUGAUGAAAGCCUAGCAGACCUAGAUGGAUUUCACAAACUCCAAGUUCUUGCUAUGGGUGGUUGCAAGUUUACAGGUCAAGUGCCCACCUGGAUAGCCAAGCUUAAAAGCCUUCAAGUCUUGGACCUGGCAUUUAACCUUAUAACAGGCUCUAUUCCAGGUUGGUUGGGUAGUCUACCCAAGCUAUUCUACAUGGACUUGUCCAAUAAUCUUCUUACGGGAGGAUUCCCUGAGGAGCUCUGCAGGAUGCCAUCUUUGACAUCAAAAGAGGCCGAUGAUAAAGUGGAAAAAAGAAGUUAUCUAGAGUUACCAGUUUCUGUGAUGUCCAGAAAUGGUACUAAUCAGCAAUACAAUCACUUCUCUCAACUCCCCCCAACACUAUAUCUUGGUUGGAAUAGCCUCAGUGGAAAUAUCCCUAUUGAGAUUGGCCAAUUGAAGUUUCUUCAUGAGUUGGAUCUUAGCCAUAAUAACUUCUCUGGCAGCAUCCCAGUUCAGAUUUCGAAUCUAUCUAACCUAGAGAAAUUGGAUCUCUCCUAUAACCAUCUAUCUGGUGCAAUCCCUGCUUCCCUUACAGCUCUGAAUUUCCUUUCUUUCUUCAGUAUUGCAUACAAUGAUCUUCAGGGUUUUGUACCAUCUGGAGGCCAGUUCAGUACUUUUACCAUCUCCAGUUUUGAAGGAAAUCCACGAUUAUGUGGCUAUCAAACUGCACAGCAAUCUUGCUCUCUAAGUCCUCCAAGCCCUCCUGUGUUUGCAGGUACUCAGAGAUCUUCCAACAAGAUUCUAAGUGCACUCAUCUUUGGGAUCACUUUCAGCAUUUUCUUGGUUUAA